GAAAUGUGAUUGCUAGUACGUCAACAUUAGCUGAAGUUGACAGUUCGUUCGGAAUAGUGCGAAGUGAUUAACAGGCUGCGGGAUUAGUGACUUUGUCCGAAUUACAUUUUUCUCAUUAUGUCCGAAUUCCUAACUUCAAAAUUUUUCAUUUACCGCUAGAUUGUAAUACAUUACCGAAAGAAGAUGAAAAUCAACAUUUCCACUCAGAUCAGUGCUACAAAAACUGCUAACAGAAGUGAGAGUGUCCUUUAGUAAUGGCAACUUCCUCAGAUAUAUCCAUAUCUUUGGAUAAUCAAACUCAAGAUAUCAAUACAAGCCUCUUUGAAGAUAGUGAAAGAUGCAAUGAUACAAAUAGUGACAGUAUAGAACUUAAAACUGAUUGUGAUGCUUUGGAGAAAAUUCCGAAUGAGGUGAAACCAUCGGAAGAUUCAGUGCCUUCUGAUGGAAGUGAUCACCCAAAUGAGGUUUCAAAACCCAGUUCUUCAAAUGUCCGUGUCUUUGAUGAUAAGCGCCUCAAUGGUGUGAAACCUCUUUCCAACACUUCCAAGUUAAAUUCUUUGGGAAAUUCCAUUCCUUUAACACCCGAAACGUGGACGGUGACUAGUGACAGCCAGAUUUGGCUUGAGUGUUGUCAGAACAGUUUUAGAGCUUGUGGUGGAAAUGUCAGGAGUUUCCAACCUCACUCUUCUAAAAUAAAUAAUAACCAUGCUAAUUCGCCUAAUCACCUUUUUUCUCCUAUGCAUGGGAAUUCUUCAUGUCCUCAAGGACACCGUAAUACCAAUUCAAUGAAUUACAACCGGAACUCUCAGUAUGUUGUUCAUUUACAUGUCAAUCCUGGAGAAACAAUCUCAUUUGAUAUGGGAGAUCAUGUGCAGCUGAUUCAAGGUCCUGCAACAGUACGCAUGGUUUCCAGCAAUAACACUCCUCCUGUGCCAAUGCCUGUGCAAGUGCCUCCUGGCCACAUGGUGCAACAAAUUGUGGACGAACAUGGUACCUUGCGACACAUCAUCCUUUCUCCACAACCUCCGGUGGCUGUUUCCGUAGGGAAUCCUUAUAAUGGAACUGCAAGUGGUAAUGUUCCACAACCUGUGAGUGGUUCUGCACCCUUCUACUUGUAUCACCAUCCGUCAUAUUCCAUUCCUCCUCAAUUUCCUCCUCAUAUGCAGUCUGGGUUGGGACCUCAGGGGCUACAUGCUCCUGUUGAUCCAGUACAGUUACACCAGACAAAUGGACAUUCUUCAGUAGCAGGAAUGUCUGAGUCAGCUUCAUAUAUGACUUCCUUUAAAGAUGAAAGGACCCAGAGGCAGUUUUAUAAACUGAAGAGGAGGUUAGAAUCACGUCAUAAAGAGACUAUUGUAUUUCCUCACUCUCCAACUCAAGAAACUUCUGUGAAAACAAGUGAAUCUACACAGAAUGAAACUAAUUCUCCAGCUCUCAGUAUUGAAACAUCCGAUAAAAAGAUUUCUGAAAAAGAAUCUCUGAAAUUAGAAAUAUUAUCAUCUUUAAAAGCACCUUCUAUCACUAAUAUUACUUCUACAAGUGCCUUGUUGGAGUGGGAAGCCCCUGAAUUACCUGCAGAAGCAGAUUGUGAUAUUGAUGUGUCAGAAUUGCAGUACAAUUUAUUACUGUGUGAUAAAAGUUUAAGUGCUAAAUCAAAAAUAAUUUAUAGUGGGAAGGAGACUAAAUUUCUUUCAAAUGAUUUGAAACCAGCUACUUCGUUCACAGCUCAAGUUCAAGCAAAAUUGAAUAAAUUAUGUGGGAAUCCAUCCGAAAGUUCUUCUUUCAAAACUUUAUGCUGUAAACCUGAUGCUCCACAGCCUCCGAAACUUCAAUCAAGAACUAAGACUUCCAUAUCAUUGAAAUGGAAUGCUGCUGUUGAUAAUGGUGCCAAGAUUACAUCUUAUAUUUUGGAAUUUGACGAAGGUACAGGAUCUGAUAACUUUGUUGAAAUUUUCAAUGGCCUUCAAAAACAGUACAAAGCAGCAAAACUAAAAGCAUCAACAUGUUAUAGAUUUCGCUUGGCUGCUGUGAAUGAAUAUGGCCAGAGUGAUUAUAGUGCAAUUAGUUGUUUUUCCACAAGUGGUAGUACUCCUAGUCAACCUGCACCACCUGUUUUAAAAGAAGCAUAUGUGAAUAAACUUCACCUGGAGUGGGAGCAAAGACCGAAUGAUGAUAACUACACACUGCAAAUGGAAGAUGAAAGGACACUUCAUGGAUUUUUGCCAAUGUAUAAUGGCAAAGAAACUUCAUACACUUGCUUGAGAUUGACACACAACACCAGUUAUAAAUUUAGAUUGUGUGCCAGUAAUGAUGAAGGAUCUUCCCCUUGGAGUCAAGUUGUAAAUUAUUCGACUCUACCUGAUAAACCCGAUAAACCAGGUAAACCAUGUUUGAAAGGUCGAGCACAUUCAACGUUCUUUAAAGUAGCAUGGGAGCCUCCUAAAGAAGAUGGUGGGUGUCCUGUUACCGAAUACAAUCUGGAAAUGGAUUCUGGUGAUGGAUUUAUUUCUAUAUACUGUGGUGAGGAUUUAGAAUUCCAGUGUGAAAAUCUUCAACCUGGAAAGUCAUAUUCUUUUAGAGUUCAAUGCAGCACUCUUGGUGGCACUAGUGAGUUCUCAGAGAUAGGCAGUGUUGUUACUAUGCCGGUAAUACCUGGGAAAUGUGAACCACCAAAGUUGCAUGGAAAACCUAAAGCUCUUUCUAUACAUUUGAAAUGGGCUAACCCUGAGUAUGAUGGUGGUAGUGAUGUCUUGGGCUAUGAAGUAGAAGUUAUCAAUCCUGAUGAAACUUCCAGAAUAGCUUAUAAAGGAAUCAUUGCUGAUUGUGUUGUUGCCGGCUUAUUACCUGGACGUAGAUACAAGUUUAAAGUUAGAGCCUAUAAUAAAAUUGGAAAUGGGCCAUGGUCUGAGCCUUUUGAAGUGACAAGUGGUGCUGGAGUUCCCGAUUCUCCAACUAUAAGCCAGGUUAUACCUCGUUCUCCACAUAGUGUAUUCAUUGUAUGGGAGGAACCUUUUCACAAUGGCGCCAUUAUUUCUGAAUAUCGUUUGGAGUUCAGGUGUAAUGAAAAGGAUUUUGAAGUGGUAUAUUCAGGACCACUGUGUUCUACAGAAGUGAAAUCAUUGAUUCCUGCCACUGUUUACCACUUCCAAGUACAGGCCUUGAAUUCUGCUGGAGCUGGUCCUUUCAGUGAAUGUGUGUCCUGUCAAACUCCACCCUCAUCUCCAGGAGUUGUAUCCACUGCUAACAUCAAGACCAUUGUUGGGGCAUCCACUAUUGCUCUGUCAUGGAAGGAGCCAAAUAACCAUGGUUCUGCUAUUCUUAGCUACAAUAUUGAAAUCGGAGAAACCGUGCACACAACAGAUGGCGACAAUCCAGAAAUCUGUAUUGAAGGUUUAGUCCCAGAGACAACAUAUAAGGUUCGAAUUCAAGCCAUCAAUAGUGUUGGACCUGGACCUUUCAGCUCCCCAAUGAAAAUUGUGACUAGAGGACUCCCACCUUUCCCUCCUAUUUUAGAAUGCUGUGGCUUUUCUUAUAAUAGUCUGCGAUUGAAAUGGGGUGAUGGAAAAAAUCUUGACAUGAAAACUUAUACAUUGGAAAUGGAAAGCCUUCAAUCUAAAAAGUUUGUGCCUGUGUACCAAGGUCCCGGUCAUACCUUUAAAGUAACUAAACUUCAAGAACUUACUGCUUACAGUUUUAGAAUUUAUGCAUCCAAUGAAGAAGGUGAUGGACCUUUCUCAGAGGUUUAUACUUUCACAACGCAACGAGCUCUUCCUCCGGCUCUUAAAGCUCCCAAAGUGUCAAAAAUCACUCAGACUUCUUGUUAUGUUGAGUGGCUUCCUGCAAAAGCAAUAGGUGAUGACAUGCUGUCAUAUAAACUUCAACUUGGCACAAAAGAUUCUGAUUUUCAUGUGCUUUACACUGGAAUUCAAACUUUUUUCACCAUAAACAAUCUUCUGGCUGGUACAGAAUAUUCUGUACGUGUGGCAGCUGUAAGACAUUGUAGUGAUGGUGAACUUCCAGGUCCAUUCAGUCCCUGUACAACAUUUUGCACAACCUCUGUAAUAACUGUUGAAACUCAGCCUCCGAAAGUGUACUCUAUAGUUAGCAGUUGGAAGAACAGGGAACCCAUAACGGACCAACAGUGGGCCGUGAUCAUUCUAUGUGCAUUUACUUUCAUUGCCAUUUGUGUUGCCAUGGUCAUCCAACAAAUACUUUCUUAGCAUGAUGGACAUAAAAGAACAACGCAUUCCACAACAGUGUUUCUUUUUCCCGCCCUUUUUCUUCUUCCAAUGUAUUUUUGAAAAAAAUAUCCAGAAAAAGGAGGAGGAAGAAAUAAAAAAGUAAUAAUUAAUUUAAAAAAAUCAUAUUGUACGUAUGUCUGCUGUUAAUAUGUGUACAAGUUUUGAUUUGGUAAAGUGUGACAAAGUUUAUUUUCUUGACAAAGAUGUGAGCUUGUUAUAAUGUGGAGUGUGCAUUAAAAAUAAUUUUUUUGUUUCCUUUCUGGGAAUUAAAAAAUGAAACCUUGCUUGAUUAAGACAAAUAUAAUCAAAGAAAUAUUUUUCUAGGGAGAUCGCUCUUUUAUAUAUAUUAUAUAUAUAUAUAUAUAAAUAUGUAUACACAUUCCUAUUUCAGCUACCUCUCCUAUCUCUAAUAAUGUUUUGAGAAGAGAGGUUGUAUUAGUCUCUAUGUGCAAUGUGUUCUGAAAUUUCAUCUAUGGUGCUGUUCUCAUUUGUACAGUGUUGCUUCAGAUUUGGGGUGUGCAUGUAAGUGGUGCUGGCCUUCUAUUGAAAAAAGAUCUUUAUCACUUAAAAUCGCACAUUAUUUUACCUUGACUUAUUUUUCUUUUAUUUUAUUUGACUAUUGCUGUUUUUUCAAGUGUGGCAUAUUUCCUUCCUUUCUUUCUGUUUGAAAAUGUGAUAAACGUCACAUCAAAACCCAAUCAAACUAUUUAAUCUAUAUUAAUUAUUUUUAUGCAGUCUUGGAUAUUUCCAACUGUAAAAAAGUGUAUUUUGGGGCAUUUUUUUUUUUUUGUAUGUGUUUAAAUAAAAUGUAACCUAUGCAAGAACUGGAGGAAAGAAAAAGAAAAAGGUUAAUUAUUUUUACACGUUUUUUAUUUUUCAUAGUUUAUAAGAGUGUUUAAGGUAUGACCUUUUUUUGUUGUUAUUAUUUUUUUCAUUGCUUAUUGAUAUGGGUGUUUACUGAUCUACAAAAGUACAUACUUCAUCUUGAUUUAUUUCAUUAAAAUAGAAUAUUGUUUAAAUAAUUUUGUACUUAAUUCAUUAUUUUUUAUUCACAAGUUGUGUUUUUCAUUAUAAUUUGAGUGCUGUGAAUUAUUUAAGAAUUAUAUGAUUGGGUUAUUUAUCAUAUUCAAUACUAUUUAAGAUUAAAGUUCCUAUGAAAUUCUGAGAAACUUGACAGAAAUUUGUGGGGUGAAGAUAAAUUUCCAUUACCAAAUGUGAAUUAAGUAAACAGUUAUUUAGUUGAAUGUGGUUAUUUGUUAAUUUUUUGGGGAUGCUUCUCUAUUCAUAAAAUACAGUCUCAAUUUUUACUGAGUAUACUAAUACCAUUAUAUUAUUAUAUAUAAUUUUAAGUAUUGCUACUGAAGCAAUAUGGAAUUCUUGAUCACAGGCUUUAAUAUCAUUAAGAGUAUAUUGAAAAAAAUUCAUAUGUCAAAGUUUAUUCAUGUUUUAAAUAUAUGUAUUCUGAUUAUUGCCAUUUCAAUAUAGUAAAUAUUAAAAUCUGUGCUCUUUCGUCAUUAUAAAUACUUUAGUGAAAUCAUUUCUAUUUUAUUAGAAAGGCCACAUAAAUUUUAUUAUCAAAUAAGUAUUUGUAAUUUGUUAUUCAUAAUUGAUUAAUAGUAAUGUUAAAAUUAUAUUAAUUUAUCUGUUAAACAAAUUGCUAUUUAAAUUUUAUGUCUUUUUUCUUCAAAUAUUUUAGCUUGUGUAUGUUGUGUUGGCCAGUUUUUGAAAUUAUCUCAAUUUAACUGUUAUUGUUUUGCCCAUAAGAUCUUAAUAGUAUGUCAUUACUAAGAUAAAUUUUCCUUUAACUGUGCAUUAGUUUAAUCUGAGAGAAAUAUUAAGUGAGAUAUUGUUUAACUUUUAACAUUAUGAAUUAUUUGCUGUGUUGUGAAUGUAUAAUUUCAAAUUUACGGGUGAAUGACAUUAAUGUGUCUUGAAAUUUUAUUAUGAAUCAGAAAUUCUAUACUUUUUAAAAAUGUAAUUUUGUUGUAAUUUUCUGGGAAGUACUUUUAAGAUCAAAUGAAUAUUCAUGUUUUGUUGUAAUAUAUGGUUAUGUGCUGGC